AUGGCCGUCAACGUGUUUUCGGUCCCCGUCUUCCUCGUCGUUUUCCGCGAGUCCCUGGAGACAGGCAUCAUUGUCUCUGUCCUUCUUGCUUUCUUGAAGCAGACCCUCGGGGGUCCCGGACGCGAUGUCACUGUCUACAAAGCUCUUCGAGUCUUCUACGGAGUCGGUCGGGACAGCUGGCAAGCGCACGAAUACUACUACGAAGGCUCAUUUGCGCUUUUCGCCUCCAUCAUCAUCACACUCAUGGGAGUUGCUCUCCUUCGAGUUGGCAAGCUGCAAGACAAAUGGCGCGCGAAACUUGCCAAGGCCAUGGAGCCCCAAGCAAAGACAGCGUCCUCAACUUUCGGCUCUCGUUUCAAGCGCAACCAGGAGAAAUACGUCAUGUUCUUCCUGCCCCUCAUCACCAUCCUGCGAGAGGGUAUUGAGAUGAUCGUCUUCAUCUUCGGUGUCACUUUCGCAGCACCCGCCACUGCAGUCCCGCUGCCGGUCGUUGUUGGCUUGAUUGUUGGCGUUUUCGCCAGUUACCUCCUCUACAAGAGUGGAUCUACUUCAAAGAUUCAGAUCUUCCUGGUCGCCUAUACCUGCUUGCUUUACAUUGUUGCUGCUGGUCUCUUUUCUCGCGCCGUGUGGUUUUUCGAAGCGCAGGAAUGGAACACAGCUGUCGGCGGUGACGCGGCAGAGGUUGGCGCGGGCCCUGGAUCCUACGGCAUCGAUAGAAGCGUUUGGAAAGUCAACGUGAGUCUUCUGAAUGCCAUCUUCGGCUGGAACAACUCUGCUACCUACGGCUCCGUCAUCUCGUACAACGUUUACUGGAUCUUUGUCAUCUCUUGGCUUGUGCUUUUGAGCUUCCACGAGUUCCAUGAACACUGGCCUCUCAUGAAGCCAAAGGCUGCUGGUAAGGUCGAGUCCACUGCGGACAUGCCUGGAACAUCUACGCCAACCGAACACUCUGUCAACGAGCCGAAGAAGGACAUGUCAACCACUACAAGCGCCCUGAACGAGUAA